AUGGACGAAAAAUCCGGACAGGUUAAUAUAGCAUUCAGUCCUUCUCCGGAAAAACUAAACACAAAUCCAGAACAAAACCCUCAAGAAAAUAAAAAGAAACCAACUAAUAUUAGGGAGCGUCCAAAAUGGGACAAUCAAUUAGAAUUUCUCAUGUCAUGCAUCGCAACUUCUGUUGGUUUGGGUAAUGUUUGGCGAUUUCCUUUUGUCGCUUAUCAAAACGGCGGAGGAGCUUUUCUGAUCCCGUAUUUAAUAGUGCUAUUCAUAAUUGGAAAACCCAUGUACUAUCUAGAAACAGUGCUGGGUCAGUUUAGCAACAGUAACUGUGUCAAAGUGUGGGCACUGUCACCAGCCAUGAAAGGUACCGGCUACGCUCAAACGUUAGGCGCUAUGUAUUUGGUAUCAUAUUACGUAUCCAUUAUAGCGCUAUGUUUCUAUUAUCUUGCUAUGAGCUUCCAAUCCCCCCUACCAUGGGCAGUUUGUGCUCCAGAGUGGGCUAACUGCGUACCAUCAGGAGAAUCCGUAAAUAUAAGCGAAAUAGCUGGCAACCCGUUAAGCAGCGCUGAGCUUUAUUUCACACACACGGUUUUAAGGCAGUCUAAUGGGAUCCAUAGCGGAAUUGGCGUUCCGCUGUGGGAUCUCACGCUAUGUCUGUUCAUAUCUUGGGUCAUUAUUUUCUUGAUCGUGGCUCGAAGUGUGAAGAGUUCAGGAAAAGCUGCUUACUUUUUGGCACUCUUCCCUUACGUUGUCAUGUUAAUUCUUCUCAUUAGGGCUGUGACCCUGCCAGGUGCUGUAAAUGGAAUAUUGUUUUUUGUUACUCCAGUAUGGUCUAGAAUUCUUGAAAUUCGUGUGUGGUACGCAGCUGUUACUCAAGUAUUCUUCUCUCUAUCAGUAUGUUCGGGUACACUUAUUAUGUUUUCAUCAUACAACGGAUUUAGACAGAAUGUAUACAGAGAUUCAAUGAUCGUCACAACUUUGGAUACAUUUACAAGUUUGAUCUCCGGCAUUACAAUUUUUGGUGUCCUCGGUAACUUAGCUUAUGAGUUGAAUUACGAUGACAUCAGCAAAGUACUUGGAUCGGGAGGCACCAGUUUAGCUUUUGUGUCAUAUCCAGAUGCCAUUGCAAAAACCCCAUUUCUACCUCAGUUGUUUGCGGUACUAUUCUUUCUGAUGAUGGCCACUCUUGGUGUAGGGUCAGGCGUGGCCUUAUUGUCCACCAUCAACACUGUGUUGUUGGACUCCUUCCCUCGCGUGCCAACUCAUUUCAUGUCAGCAGGAGUUUGUUCCGCACUCUUCCUCAUCGGACUUAUAUACGUAACACCGGGUGGCCAAUAUGUGUUAGAACUUGUCGACCAUUAUGGCGGUACUUUCAUGAGGCUCUUCACAGCUAUAGUUGAAACCAUAGGGGUCUUUUGGAUAUAUGGUUUGGAAAAUAUAUGUUUGGACAUCGAAUACAUGCUCGGCGUGAAAACCUCGUUCUUUUGGCGGAUUUGUUGGAUGGUUGUGACACCGUUGCUCAUGAUAUUUGUAUUCUUCUACGCCAUAAUCACUACUGACAAAUUGGUCUUCGGUGAUGUUUACGAGUAUCCCUCUUCAGCUUAUCUUGCUGGUGAUUUACUACAGUACAUCGGCAUGGCUAUGGUGCCCUUAUUCAUAAUAAUCGCUCUAAAAAAAUACAGAACAAAUACUGUUGUUGGGACAAUCAAAAAUGCUUUCCGUCCAAAGGCCACAUAUGGCCCUCAACCCGAUGAAUUAAAGGAGGGUUGGGUGAAAUUCAGACAAGAAGCAAAAACGCAAAGAAAAAUUAAGCGCAAGAAUUGGUUACAUCACUUUUUUGUUAUACUUUUUAAGGGUUACAGGUAA